AUGGCUGCGCAAUUCUCUACGUGUGCGCGUCUCGAUGACACGUUUGGGCCCCAUGCUGCGAAUUGUCGAGGUGAUUUUGAUUUCACGCUACAAUUUGAGGAGACUAUUCUAUCCAUUCUACCUCUCGCAAUCAUUCUCAUCAUCGCUCCUCUGCGAAUAUGGUAUCUCUUCAAGAAGGAUAAGAAAGUCGUUCAGAGCCCGGUUCUUUCCUUGAAGCUUAUCUCCUUCAUCGCGUUUGGAGCCUUUCAGCUGGCUCUGCUGGUACUUUGGGUCAGGCCAUCCGCAAUCAGAACCAGAACAACACUUGCCACAAAUAUAGUCUCUGUGGUCGGUUCACUUCUGUUCUGUUUACUUUCCUACGAGGAACAUGUGAAGUCCGUUCAGCCCUCCCUCUUGCUCAAUGGCUAUCUCUUCGCUACGCUAUUAUUCGAUAUUGCCCGUGCGAGGACACUCUGGCUACGGCAAUACAACCAUUACAACGAAGUGAUUGCCAUUGUCUUCACGGCUUCCGUUGCACUCAAGGCUGUGAUUCUACUGCUCGAAGCUGUUGAAAAACGACGGAUUCUGAAACCAAGGUACAAGGCUUAUCCACCCGAGGCAAUCAGCGGCAUAUAUAACAAAAGCUUCUUCUGGUGGCUAAAUCCGCUAUUUCGAAGAGGCUUCUCGAAUCUGCUUUUCAUUGAGGACUUAUAUACUCUCGAGAAGCAUCUUGCCGCGGAAUAUCUCCAUGAAAGGCUGCAAAGAACUUGGGACAGAGUGACCAAAAAAGGCCCCAAUUCAUUGCUUGGCGUAGCGUUUGUCACACUCAAAUGGCCAAUUCUGGCAGUUAUUAUUCCGCGAGCAUGCCUCACUGGAUUGAGCUUCUGCCAGCCGUUCCUUAUCAACAGGGCCAUCAUUCUGUCCACGGAGCCUGUCACAGACAGGACGACAAACGUUGGCUAUGGUUUGAUUGGAGCGUAUAUCCUUGUCUAUACAGGCAUUGCGAUCUCAACGGGUCAAUACCAGCACCUCACCUACCGAGCAAUCACUAUGGCCAGAGGUGGAUUAAUCUCUAUGCUCUACCGGAAAGCUACAGACUUGAGCAUGAAAGAUGUUGAUCCCGCCGUAUCGAUGACUCUCAUGAGCGCAGAUAUAGAGAGAAUUGUCCAAGGCUGGCAGAGUAUGCACGAGAUCUGGGCCAAUGCAGUUGAAGUGGCAAUAGCCAUAUUUCUUCUGGAAAGGCAGCUAGGUGUCGCAUGCGUCAUACCAAUUGCUAUUUCAAUCCUUUCGAUGUUUGGCUCAAUUAUCGCUAUGAAUUUCAUUGUGUCUCGACAAGCUAUGUGGCUCCAAGCGAUCGAAAAACGCAUUUCUGCCACUAGUGCUAUGAUCGGUGCUAUGAAAGGCAUCAAAAUGAGCGGUUUGAAACAGACCCUCUUCGACAACCUGCAAAAUUUGCGAGUUCAAGAGCUGAACAUCUCCAAGAAAUUCAGGAAGCUUUUGAUCUGGAAUAUGGCGUUCGCAUAUGUCACUCAAAUUUUUGCCCCUAUUAUUUCCUUCGCUCUCUUUUCCGUCUUGGCAAGAAACAACGGCAGUAGUACUACCUUGGACACUGCUCGAGUGUUCACUUCCCUUUCGCUCUUUGCAUUACUUGCAGAACCUUUAGCAUCACUUAUCAUGGCUCUGGUAGCUUUUAUGGGCUCGGUAGGCUGUUUCACCAGAAUCCAAGAGUUUCUUGACAAGGAAGUCCGCAUCGACUCUCGAAAGAAGCCACUAGAUCUCUUGCAUGAUGAUCUUUCAGAUGGCUCGCAGCCCCAGAGCAUUGCCCAAAAAAUAAGCACUGGGCCUGUGCCAGACAAGCAUUUGUCGCUAUCCUCUAAGCGUGCUUCCAAUUCAUUCCCUCGAGACGAUGCAAUUACCGUCCAAGACGGCUAUUUCGGUUGGGAUCCUAAGAUGGAACCCCUGCUUAAAGGCAUCACAAUGAAUGUUCCGCGACAGAAAUUCACUAUUCUGAUAGGCCCUGUCGGAUGCGGAAAGUCAACCUUGCUCAAGGCUCUUCUGGGCGAAGUGCCUUCAAUGGGGGGAAGCAUCCAGGUCUCGUCAACGAGGGUGGCUUAUUGCGACCAAACGCCUUGGCACAUGAAUGGCACCAUCCAGCAAAGUAUCGUCGCCGUCUCACCAUUCGAUGAAAAUUGGUACACUACUGUCAUCCGGGCCUGUGCUUUACACCAGGAUCUCAAACAGCUUCCGCGCGGAGACCAGACCAUUAUUGGCAGCAAGGGCAUCGCCCUUAGUGGUGGGCAGAGUCAGCGUAUUGCGCUUGCAAGGGCAAUUUAUGCUCAAAAAGAGAUUGUCAUUCUUGACGAUGCUCUGAGCGGCCUCGAUGCUUCCACUGAGAACCACAUUUUUCAUAAUCUCCUCGGUCCGGAUGGGCUAUUGCGCCGUCUUCAGUCCACCGUUCUAGUUGCUUCAUCUUCCGCCAAGCGGGUUCCAUAUUCAGAUCACAUCAUCGCACUUGAUCCAGCGGGCAUGAUCGCGGAGCAAGGAAAGUUCGAUGAUUUGAACUCGACAGGCGGAUACGUGUCCACCUUUACCCUCCCAAAACCUGACUGGGACUACAACCCGGAAGAAGACUUGAAAGCUAGCACACAAACCUAUGCAUACUGUCCCCCAAAUCCCCAGCAACACACGGACAGUCUCGAGGCGGAAGCCAGCAGACGUACUGGCGAUGCGUCUAUCUAUCUGUACUAUGUAAGAUCAAUUGGGUGGUGGCCAACGAUCAUCUUCAUUCUGGCAAUCACGGCUUUCAUUUUCUGCCUUUCUUUCCCCAGUGAGUAUUCACCUUUGAACCAACCAGGCUACGAUUCAAAGCCCUCUAACGUACGAAUCUCAGAUGUCUGGGUGAAAUGGUGGGCAACGGCCAAUAUGAGGGAUCCCAACGGCCGCCUUGACUACUGGCUCGGAAUCUAUGGUCUUCUUGGAGCUCUGGCUUUAGUCACUCUCAUAAUGGGUUGUUGGCAAUUGAUCAUAACUAUGGUCCCAAAGUCCGGAGAAGCAUUCCAUCACACAUUGCUGAAUGCAGUUCUCAGUGCUCCAAUGUCUUUGUUCUCAAAAACGGAUUCGGGUGUAAUAGUCAAUCGGUUCAGCCAAGAUCUCCAACUCAUCGAUAUGGAACUGCCCAUCGCAGCUCUCAAUACCUUCGCAACUUUCGUCCUUUGCAUCGCCCAAAUGGUCCUCAUAGGCGUCGCCUCCAAGUACGCCGCCAUCGCCUUCCCUAUCGUCAUAGCCGUGCUCUACGUGAUCCAGAAAUACUAUCUUCGCACCUCUCGCCAACUGCGUUUCAUGGACAUCGAAUCUAAAGCUCCACUCUACUCUCAGUUCACCGAAAUUCUGUCUGGCCUCGCCACAGUUCGAGCGUUUGGCUGGCAGAGCGCGUUGGAGAAGAAGAAUCGUGAGCUUUUGGAUCGCUCGCAGCGGCCAUUCUACCUUCUCUAUGCCAUUCAGCGCUGGCUUACGCUUGUGCUGGAUUUAAUUGUUGCCACCAUCGCUGUCUUAUUGAUUGUCCUGGUGGUCAAGCUGCGAGGCACGCUUAGUGCAGGCUAUGUCGGUAUCGCCCUCCUCAACGUUAUCAUGUUCAGUCAGAGUAUCAAGCUCUUGGUGACCUUCUGGACCCUGCUGGAGACUCACAUUGGAGCCAUUGCCCGCAUCAAGAUCUUCCAAGAGGAUUCGGUGCCGGAAGACCUGUCGACUGAGAAUGGCAUCACGCCACCGUCUUGGCCAUCAAAGGGUGCGAUAGACUUUUCGCAAGUUUCGGCAGCGUACAAGCCCACUGAGCUAGUAUUGAAGGAGGUCUCCUUAUCUAUCAACGCCGGCGAAAAAAUCGGAAUUUGUGGAAGGACCGGAAGUGGCAAGAGCUCUUUGAUUCUUACCCUCUUCCGUAUGAUCGAAAUGACUAGUGGCCGCAUCACUAUAGACGGUAUCGACAUAUCCACAAUCCCGAGGCAAGAUAUCCGCUCGAAGAUUGUUGGCGUCUCACAAGACGCUUUCUUGCUGAAGGGAUCGGUCCGUCUCAACGCCGAUCCUUAUCAAACCCAACCCGACGAAGCUAUCUACAGCGCACUGAAGAGUGUACACUUACUGAGUAUCGUCGACGAGAAAGGAGGGCUGGACGCAGAUAUUGAAGGACUCUUUUUAUCUCAUGGGCAGAAACAACUCUUCUGUCUUGCAAGAGCAAUGCUUCGGUCAAGCACCAUUCUCAUUCUGGACGAAGCCACAAGCAACGUCGACGGCAAGACCGACGAAAUCAUGCAACGUGUCAUUCGCGAGAAAUUCUCUUCGCAUACUAUCAUCGCCGUUGCCCACAAACUUGACACGAUCCUCGAUUUUGAUAAGGUGGCCAUGCUUGACGGUGGCCGAUUGAUCGAGUUCGACGAUCCAUACACACUACUCAACAGGGGUUCGGCGUUUAGCAAAUUGUACAACACCACCAUGGCAGAACAGCACACGGAAGAGGUGGAGGUUAAUUUUGCUGACUUCAUGACGUCGAGGAACAGUGUCUCGUCGUCGAGGACAUUACGGUCGAGCCAUCCAGGCAAUGAGAAAUCGUAA